CCUUCAUUUAUGUUUACUUGUGAACUCUUACACUGUUGUAGUUUUAACAGAUGAGAGCAUUUCUGUUGCUUCGCUUGUUUUCUUCUGAAAAUAUCAGUUCAGUUCGUUUGAGAUUUGAAACUCAUGCACCUGUACCCUAAAUAAUACCAGAAUUUCUGUUAGACCAACAAGAGUUUUCCUUUCUGUUUUUUCUGUCAGAAAUCGCUUCAGGAAAAAAAGGAAAGUUGGGGGAUAUUUCGAUAAUUGGGAAUCUGGCGCGGUCGUCUCAUUUAUGGUGCUGAUAAUUAUAUUUUGGUAACCCUGCUGAUUUAUAGUAACCCUAUGUCAAUAGAAGUUUGUGUUCGCUUUGUUUAGAUUUGCAAUGAAAAAUACCUCUCGCGCAGGCGCUGAAGCCAAAAAUUGACGCCAAUGAAGAAAGAGCGCCAGAUUCCCAAUUAUCGAAAUAUCCCCGAAAGUUGUUAUCAUUUUAUUGUUGUAAUAUAGUAUUAGUCUGAAAAUUUCACCUUUUUUGCCAUGUUUUCAUUUGCUAUAGAUGUACAUAAAAAUAUUUUAUCGGCUCAGUGUUACAUUCGAUGUAAAACUUCAAAUGCGAUUGAUAAAAUGCUGGUUAUUGUUCAAAGAAAUUUCUUGGAAAUAAGUUUUUAUUCUGGUGCAAUCCUGCACCACGAACUAAAACUUUUUUACCCUCCCAAUUUUUUUAUCCCAACAACAUUUCACUCUUUAGAAAAAGCGGCAUCUGUUUACACUGCUGAUGAGAAUGUCAAUUGUCAGGUAAAAAGUGAAUAUGAAAUCAAACAAAAUGGGUCUGAAUCAUCCAAUUUUGAACUAUCGUUUCGUUUACAAAUUUCCAAUGAUUCACUUAUUGAUAAAACUCUUCUAAAGCCUAAUAGUGUUUUAAACUUUAGGAACCUUUUGAAAACUUUACUGAAACCAAACAUUCCUUAUAAUAUUGUUUGUUCAAAAUGCAAGAAUAUUCUAAAUAAAUCACCAGUUGAAUUUAACAGCAUUGAAGAUUUUCAUUUUGAUAGUUCAGAACUGUCAGAAAGUUGGUUUUGCCACAGUUAUAUUGAAGCGAAAUCUGAGGUACUGAAAAGCAACGCUUGUUAUAUCAGUAUGAUGUUUGUGCAUUUACACCAAUCAAUAGUUGAGCAUCUUCAUAUGAGAAAAUGUGAUAAGUAUUAUGAAUGCAAUGAUUGUAGUACUGUUUUGUCAUCAUCAAAAACACGGCAAGCAUUUAUUCCUUUUUUCUGUGAUGCAAUGACUUUUAAAACUACAGAUGAAUCAUCGAGUCAGCAAUCAUGUGACAACAUCACUCGAGCUUCCUUUCACAAUUUAAUUGAAAGUAGUUUACAAUCUUCUUUUUCAAGUAAAUUAUAUCUUUACUGUAAAACAGCAAAUGGAGAAAAGUGCAUUCUGCUAUGGAUUACUUCACAGAAAGUGGCUCAAAGCUUGCUACAUUUUAAGUUAGAAGACAUGCCAAAUGAAAUGCAUUUAGAAACUAAAGAAGUGUUUAAAGUUUUAUACUGUGUACCACCUUUUAAUUCAGAAAUUGAGAAAUCAUGGAAACAUGAUUGCAUUGUCGAUUACAAUAAUAUUAGUGAAAACAUGUUAGAUUUCAUUAUGGGAUUGUUGGAGAGUAGUUCAAAAUACUUCCCCAAACUUGAAAAUGCCAAUGAUGAUUUCAAAGUUGGCUAUCUGCCUGCUUAACAUUUCAAUUCCUAAUUUUUAUAAAUGUAGAAAAUAUGAAUUAUUUUGCUACUCUGUACUUAUAAUUGAUGCAGUAAAUUAUUUUAUUUUUGGAUUGGCAAUUCAUUAUUUAAUUUUAUGAUUAACUAGUAAA